AUGGACAUGAAGGAGCGUCCGCACCGCUCCCUGACCCGGGGCCGCUGCAGGAAGGACUUCCACCACGCCACGGCAUCCCUGCAGCCUGAGGAGUGUCGUGUGGCCACCCAGAAGUCCUACAGCUCCAGCGAGACGCUUAAGGCCUACGACCGCGAAACGCACCUGCACUACGGGGGCUGCGUGGCUGAGCUGGUGCGCCACGAACACCAGGAGUACGUCCGCCAAGGUGAGCUCCACGUCUCUGUUUCUGUGGUUGUCUCCACUGACCUGGGAUUUUUUUCAAUACAUUCCUCCCAUUUCACAGGGUCUUCCUAUUAGCCGCUUGUCAGAGACCGCAGCGUGUGUUGUUGAUAAUGGUUCACUAAAGGGAACCUCCCACGGUCUGUGUCAUGAUGCGGGUCUCUCUUUUCAAUCACCUGCGCUCCACGCUCUCCAAACCCCAGACUCACCUGGUCAUCUGUAGCACUGUAGGAUUUCACUCUACACAGGGAUGAGGUUUUUUUUUUGGGGGGGGGGGGGGGGGGGGGAGAAGUGAUGGAGGGGAGUUUUAGGUUCUUUUCAGUUAAUAGCGCCAGUCCAACCUUGCUUUGGGUGUCCACAGGGUGUGGAUUAUUCAUUCUUCCUUCACGGGGUUGGACAAGCAAUGACCCUUAACAUUCUCUCUCAGAAUAUUCAGUAGCUAACUGCACCCUUUCUUAUUCAAUUUCACAGGAUACUGAAACCCAUGUAUGGAACGCCAUUUGGGUCAUGCAAAAACAAUUGCAAAAAGGCUUUUAACAUUCCCGUCAGUUUGUCAAUUAAAAACUGGGUGACAGAUGCUGCUUAGAUCGGAUCCAUACUAAAGCCCAUCAAUAUACAUUUGAGCAUGAAACCGUAAUGACAGGUUGGGCCUGCUGCUACGUUGUAAAACAUUAUUGUAUGCCAGUGGUCACCAACCGUUCGAUCGCGAUCAAUUGCCAAGACUUUCCUAGUCAAUCACCUUUUUUUUAUUUUUUAUUUUUUGUCCAACGAUAAAGCCUUGACAUCCUAUUUUUUUAUUAGUUUGACACAGUUUGCGGUAUGUGCACUUGAUUUAGCUGCCCUGCAUGCUGGGUAGUCGGAGUAUUCCCAUUUUGAACCAUUUCAUGUGUCUAGAGGUACAAACUUUGUGUCUUUCUAAUAUUUCACGUUCUCUGGUCAUACGUGGUUAUAGAAUAUAUAAGAAAGAUAGAAAUGCAAAUCAGGGAGGUGUUGUAGAAACAUCUCAAGGAUGAUCAACGGAAACAGGAUGCACCUGAGCUCAAUUUAGAGUCUCAUAGCAAAGGGUCUGAAUACUUAUGUAAAUAUAAUAUUUCCGUUUUUAAUGUUUUAUAAAUUUGCAGAAAUUUCUAAAAACCUGUUUUGCUUUGUCAUUAUUGGGUAUUAUGUAUAGAUUGAUGAGAAGAAAAAAAACAAUUUAAACCAUUUUAGAAUAAGGCUGUAGCGUAACAAAAUGUGGAAAAAGUCAAGGGGUCUGAAUACUUUCCGAAUGCACUGUAUUAUGUCAUGUUUCUUGUGGACCCCAGCAAGGUUAUUAGGGUCUGGGAGGCGAGAUAAGCUACGUCAUGCACAGGCUGGGCUGCUUCUGGCCCGGACACUCAGCGGAGAGGGAGGCAGUCCUAAUGGAAUGGAAUGCUGCUGGCUUUCCUGCACCGAAAAAGUUUACAUCUAGAAAGUCAUUGAAACGUAACAAACUUCAGUUGGUCAUAGUCAUAUCACCUUUUCUCCUUUUCGUCCCCUAACAAACCAUGGGAAUUCAUAUCGAAACCAUAUUUUAAAUGAAGGACACAUUCGAAUAUCAUUCUACUGGAGUCAAAUGGAUAACAAAAGUAAUUCCCCAAUCAAAGACGUUCAGUCGCAAGGCGGUUUUCCUAACACUUGUCUGUAACCGUUCAGUAUUGUUGGUGGAAAUUAUAAAUAAUGAUUGCUGCUGUAUCUCAACUGUAAAAUCGAAAUGGUUAGAUUCACUGUAAUGUCUUAUUUUUAAAGGUGAAAGGUAUUUCUUAGCCCUACAAAACACAAAACAUCCUGAACGUUAAAUGAAAUUUUGGGCAAAAAGGCAAACUCAGCUCCAUCAUUCAUUGAAUCAGAUGGCUCAUUCAACUACUUUAAUGAUUUUUUUAAUUCCAAAAAUUUCCACACAUAGGCAUGGCAUGCCAGCAACAAAUGCUGACACUACACAUCCAAGUAUAACUGACCGAAUUAUGAAAGACAAGCAUUGUAAUUUUGAAUUCCGUAAAGUGAGUGUGGAAGAAGUGAAAAAAGUAUUGUUGUCUAUCAACAAUGACAAGCCACUGGGGUCUGACAACUUGGAUGGAAGAUUACUGAGGAUAAUAGCGGACGAUAUUGCCACAUCUUCAAUCUAAGCCUACUAGAAAUUGUGUGCCCUCAAGCCUGGAGGGAAGGUAAAGUAAUUCCACUACCCAAGAAUAAUAAAGCCCCCUUUACUGGCUCAAAUAGCCGACUAAUCAACCUGUAACCAACCCUUAGUAAACCUUUGAUUGUCUGAGAGAAAUGUAUGAUAAAAUGACUGUGGGAGCUGUCUUGUUAGACUUCAGUGCAGCUUUUGACUAUCGAUCAUAGUCUGCUGAUGGAAUAACUGAUGUGUUAUGGCUUUACACCCCCUGCUAUAUUGUGGAUAAAGAGUUACCUGUCUAACAGAACACCGAGGAAGCUUCUCCAACAUAAUCCAGGUAGAAUCAGGAAUUCCCCAGGGCAGCUAUCUAGGUCCCUUACUUCACAAUCCCCAAGUCAAGAACAGACUAUGGGAGGCGCACAGUACUCCAUAGAGCAGGGGUUGACAACCUAAUGCAUGCAUGCCAGCCUUGGCACGGCUUGGAAAGCCACCCAAAAAAAAAAAGAUAUCUAUUUAUUUUAUUUUUUGGCGUGACGUGCUAAGCCUUGGCUGGACGUAUGAGAAUAUAAUUGAAAUUGCAUGCAUUGGUUUCGAAAUUGCAUUGGUAUUCACUGCAAUGUUGUAGUUCCCAAGGUAUGUCAAACCUGAUUAGCCAAUGGGCUUUCAUGAUUUUGCAGGAGUUUCAUAUUAUUAGUUCAGUGCAAGACGACCCGCCUCACCUCUCCCGCCAAAUUCAAAACCAAGGCAGCACUGAAGAUGAGAGAUUCGUUUUCACAUGGCUAGGAGCUAGCAAGCCUUCUUUUGAUAUUUUAAAAAGUUCAGUUCGCAAAAUGUCAUCAGCAAAGAAAAAUAAGGCAGAUGUCCGCUCAUUUAUUGCCUCUUGGACAAAGGAAUAUAGAUUUGUUUUACUGAAGGACCAGUCUGUUUGUGCUCUCUGUUGUAAAACUGUUGUUUGUCGGACAUCAAAUGUACGGCGUCAUUUUGAAAUGAAACAUGAGAAAAACUUCAAGGAUGAGGUGGACAAGGCUGACGGAAUCAACAGGGCCAUGUCCAGGUAUGAAAAGCAAAGCGGUGUGUUUACAAAUCUACAUGCAGUCAAAAAUCAAGCUACAGAGGGGAGCUACAAAGUUGUGCAAUGCAUUGCUAAACAUUGAAAACCAUUUACUAAUGGGGAGUAUGUCAAGGAUGCUUUCCUUAGUAGUUCACAGACUUUUAUUUGUUGGAUUGCCUAACAAAGACAAAAUAAUCUCAAAGAUAAAAUACAUGCCUGUGUCUGCCAGAACUGUUGAAAGGCGUGUUACCGAGAUGGUUGAAAAUGUAAAGGAGCAGCAAACUGUAGCGUUAAAAGAUGCACCUGGUGUGGCUCUUGAUGAGAGUGUGGAUGUGAAUGACAUUCCAUGUCUGGCAGUUGUUGCAAGAUACUGUGACUCAGAGCAGGUACGUGAGGAGCUGCUGUGUCUAAAACCCAUGCGUGGUACUACUAAUGGGGAAGAUGUAGCAAAAGCCUUCACAGAUCAUUUUGAGGAGAGAGGUGUCGAUAUUAAAAACAUAUUAGCUAUUACAACUGACGGUGCCCCCCGCUAUGGUGGGGAAACAUAAAGGAUUCGCAAAGCUGAUUUUAAAAUAAGAUUGGCCACCCCGUGGUUAACUGCAGUGUUGGAAAAAGUACCCUAUUGUCAUACUUGAGUAAAAGUAAAGAUGCCUUAAUAGAAAAUGACUCAAGUAAAAGUGAAAUACUACUUGAGUAAAAGUCUAAAAGUAUUUGGUUUUAAAUAUACUUAAGUAUCAACAGUAAAUGUAAUUGCUAAAAUAUACUUCAGUAUCAAAAUAAAAAGUAAAAGUAUAAUUCAUUUCAAAUUCCUUAUAUUAAGUAAACCAGAUGGCAUUAUUUUUUAAUUUACAGAUAACCAGGGGCACAACACUCAGACAUAAUUUACAAAGGAAGCAUUUGUGUUUAGUGAAUCCGCCAGAUCAGGUAGUAGGGAUGACCAGGGAUGUUCUCUUGAUAAGUGUGUGAAUUGGACCAUUUUCCUCUCCUGCUAAGCAUUCAAAAUGUAACAAGUACUUUUGGGUGUCAGGGAAAUGUAGGGAUUACAAAGUAUAUUAUUUUCUUUAGGAAUGUAGUGAAGUAAAAGUAAAAGUUGUCAAAAAUAUAAAUAGUAAAGUACAGAUACCAAAAAUCAACUACUUAAGUAGUACUUUAAAGUAUUUUUACUUAAGUACUUUACACCACUGGUUAAACGUCAGUGUAUCAUUCACCAAGAUAAUCUGUGUUCCAAGAUCAAGCCCGUGGUGCUAAUGGACAGAGCCUCUGUUUAGCGAGUUCGAUGGAAUUCUUCAGUUUGUGGGAAAUUUAGAUAUUCAAUAGACACAAUUAGUUGUAAUGCGCAAUAUGAAAAUCAUAACUGGCACGAAGAUAGCUAGAAAUGGUAGGAUAAAUUGUAAAUUGGCGACCCCUGACAUAGAGCCAUGGCUACAUGUACAGAGCCUUGCAAAAGUAUUCAUCCCCCUUUGGCGUUUUUCCUAUGUUGUUGCAUUACAACCUGUAAUUUAAAUAGAUUUUUAUUUGGAUUUCAUGUAAUGGACUUGCACAAAAUAGUCAACAUUUUGGUGAAGUGAAAUGAAAAAAAAUUACUUCUUCCAGAGAUUUGAGAGUGGGACGGAGGUUCACCUUCCAGCAGGACGAUGACCCUAAGCAUACUGCUAAAGCAACACUCGAGUGGUUUAAGGGGAAACAUUUAAAUGUCUUGGAAUGGUCUAGUCAAAGCCCAGACCUCAAUCCAAUUGAGAAUCUGUGGUAUGACUUAAAGAUUGCUGUACACCAGCGGAACCCAUCCAACUUGAAGGAGCUGGAGCAGUUUUGCCUUGAAGAAUGGGCAAAAAUCCCAGUGGAUAGAUGUGCCAAGCGUAUAGAGACAUACCCCAAGAGACUUGCAGCUGUAAUUGCUGCAAAAGGUGGCUCUAAAAAAAGUAUUGGCUUUGGGGUGGUGAAUAGUUAUACGCGCUCAAGUUUUUAGUUUUUUUGUCUUAUUUCUUGUUUGUUUCACAAAAAAAAGUAUUUUGCAUCUUCAAAGUGGUAGGCAUGUUGUGUAAAUCAAAUGAUACAAACCCCCCCCCAAAAUCUAUUUUAAUUCCAAGUUGUAAGGCAACACACGAUAAGACACUCACUCUACACACACGUGGAUGUUGUAUUGUAAAUAUGUGGUGGUGGAGUGGUGGCCUGAGGGAACACACUAAAUGUUUGGGUAAGGUGUUUACAAAAUGUAAUGUCAUGUAGUAUUUUAAACUGUAUGUAAACUAUCUUACGUUGCUGGACCCCAGGAAGAGUAGCUGCUGUCAAUAAAUACAUAUACACAGUGGGGUGCAGGUUUUAUUGUGAAGUUUUAAUUUGACUUUUUCCACUUUGCGGGUAUGGUGACACAACCUAAGUUGUUGCCUGUGGUUCUGAGAUGGGUUUGAUGUGGAAUUAACUUCUAAGGCCGCACACAGGACUGCAUCUCUCGCUCUCAGCAUUAUUCAGUGUGCCCUGGGAGAGGAACUCGGGUAGAGAUUAAAGGAAGACAGGCGCCAUGCAGGAUGGACUCUCUGGGUUGAAAUAUGCAGCUCUGUAGAAACCCACUGAGGAUACUAAACAGUCUGCCUCCCACACCUGAAGCGAUGGCUCACCUUGUCCUCACCUCACUCAAACACCACACAGCACUUUACCAUGGAUAGACUUUACUCCAUGGAUAGAUUUUUACCAUGGAUAGACUUUUACCAUGGAUAGACUUUACAAUGGAUAGCAAGUUGAGUUGUCACCUUAUGAAUAUGAUCUUAUGAGACAGAAUUGAGGGCAAAAGAGAGUAGUGCUGAGCGAUUUAAUUGACAUUUUGGUUAUUUUUCAUUUUUUAAACAACUAAUUGACCAACAUCGUUUUUUUAUUGUUCUGUGAAUGAGUGUGCAGUUUCUCUAGAGAUAAAUCGGAUCAAGCCUGAACUGUGCGACGUAGUUCCCUCUAUUCCCUCUAUUCCAUCCACCCUCUAUUCCCUCUAUUCCAUCCACCCUCUAUUCCCUCUAUUCCCUCUAUUCCCUCUAUUCCCUCUAUUCCCUCCACCUUCUAUUCCCUCUAUUCCCUCUAUUCCCUCCACCUUCUAUUCCCUCCACCCUCUAUUCCCUCUAUUCCUUCCACCCUCUAUUCCCUCUAUUCCAUCCACCCUCUAUUCCCUCUAUUCCCUCUAUUCCCUCCACCCUCUAUUCCCUCUAUUCCCUCUAUUCCCUCUAUUCCUUCCACCCUCUAUUCCCUCUAUUCCAUCCACCCUCUAUUCCCUCUAUUCCCUCUAUUCCCUCCACCCUCUAUUCCCUCUAUUCCCUCUAUUCCAUCCACCCUCUAUUCCCUCUAUUCCCUCUAUUCCAUCCACCCUCUAUUCCCUCUAUUCCAUCCACCCUCUAUUCCCUCUAUUCCCUCUAUUCCAUCCACCCUCUAUUCCCUCUAUUCCCUCUAUUCCAUCCACCCUCUAUUCCCUCUAUUCCCUCUAUUCCCUCCACCCUCUAUUCCCUCUAUUCCCUCCACCUUCUAUUUCCUCCACCCUUUAUUCCCUCUAUUCAUUCCACCCUCUUUUCCCUCUAUUUCCUCCACCCUCUAUUCCCUCUAUUCCUCCACCCUCUAUUCCCUCUAUUCUCCUCCAGCCUCUUUCCCCUCCAGCCUCUAUUCACGUAUUCCCUGGCAGGUGAUAUGGGUCAUCAGUCACCAUGGAGAAAUGAGGACAUAGAAGGGUCUGCGUGUACAGCUUGAACUCUGCAGUCAGUGUUCAGGGGUGUGUGUGUGUGUGUGUGUGGGCCCAGCGUCAGCCACGGCCACAUUGUGGAGGACGUCAGGUAGAGCAGGAGAGCCUCAUAAUGAACCAGGGCUGAAGCACGCCGUCACAGCCGAGGAAAGCCGAGCCAACCACUCCCUUAAGAGCAGUUUGGCUCCACGCAACGUCUUCUGUCAUGUACUUCUGCUCCCCGGUUCAACCAUUAGCGAACACAGCUCUACCCCGAACACAGCGCCAAUGUCGUUUAGCCUAGUCUCAUUUGGCCGCAUUGUUUGUUUUAGGCCUUUGUGUGUGUGUGUGUGUGUGUGUGUGUGUGUGUGUGUGUUUGUGGCGGGGGGGGGGGGGGGUCGGUGUGUGCCCUUCAUGUUCCAAUCGAAAUCUAGAACAUAACAAAAACAUGUCAGAAUUAAGUCUAAUGUUGAAAGCCAUACAUACAGGUUUAAAUAAACACAGUAUGUGCAAUAUUGAUUAUUUGGUUAUGGUAGAAUACAAUAUUGAGGGAUAUACAGACAACAAUAUAUAAUGUUGAUACCGAAAUAGAGCUGGGACAGACUGAGAGAGGAGUUGCUGAAGAUACAGCCAAACCAUUGUGAGAAUCCAUAGUGAGUUGUCAUAAACCGAGAUUAUAGUUUUCAUAGUCAAGAGGAGCAUCUGUCCUCUUUGGCUUAAGGUGCUGUUUGCGGGGGGCUGUGCAGGCUAAGAUGGGAUGCAGUAUUGAUAGUGUUGUGGCUGCUGCUAUGCUCUGUGUCUGGAAGAGACUGCUGGAAUAUGAAUGAGCCUUUAGGGCGGAGGAGAGAGCAGGGGUCUGGGGCUGAACAGCAUGAGCGUGAGGAAAUGGCGAGUGGAGCGCUAGGACGGGUUUCCCAUAAAUCCCAGGUCAUGGCCAUGCCAGUGUGAUCUGAGGAAAUGGCAGAGGGCAGGAGACACGCAGGUCCGUGUAUUUGUUCCCGCCCGUAUCCACCUCAAAGCAUGUUCUGUAUGCACUGUGUAGGCCUAGAGUUAGUGGAUUGAGAAUGAGAUUGGCUGCCCAGUGAUUCAUUUCAAUGCUCACAGUAAUGGUGGCGUACAGCAAUAACAGGGGAUUGGAUGGUGAGAUGACGUGUAGGUCAAUGCGAGGGGUUUUUAGUGUGAGAAGGCACAGUGUGGUUUCAGUACUGUAGCACUCAGAGGCUGUGCAGUGUGCAGCGUUAGCUUGUUAAUUCUAUUAGUGGCAUCACAAUACGUUUCUCAGAUCGUGACCUUUUGUCCUUCUCUCUGCCAUUCAUACAGUCAGUAUAUCACCUCAACCAUUUAUUCUCACUUGUCAUUUCUAGCUCCCUUCUCCUGUUUUUUCCGUUUCCUUGAGAGGACUGAGUAUGAGACAGACAGAGGAAGGGAGGACGGGUUUCUUUCACUUUGAGGUUGGAUGUGAGAUAAGGGUGUAAUGGCCAGUUGAUCGUUAGGUUAUAAUGGUGGUCCUCUGUAGCUCAGCUGGUAGAGCACGGCGCUUGUAACGCCAAGGUAGUGGGUUCGAUCCCCGGGACCACCAAUACACAAAAAUGUAUGCAUGCAUGACUGUAAGUCGCUUUGGAUAAAAGCGUCUGCUAAAUGGCAUAUUAUUAUUAUUAUAUUAUUAUAUUAUUAUUAUAAUAAUAAUAAUAAUAAUAAGGUUAAAGGGGAGGUGGCCACACUGUUUUCUGUUCUUUGGUAUACUGUAGGUCUGAUUGACUGGAGCUUUUAUCUUGGUUGCCACACAGACAUUUUACAUGGAGACGUACAAAUGUACAGGUAACUGCCAAAAUAAAGGAAACACCAACAUAAAGUAUCUUAAAAGGGCGUUGGACCAGAACUAGUGUCUGGUCUAGGGUUGCAAAAUUCCUGGAACUUUCAAUAAAUUCACUGGUUUACCCAAAAUCCCGGUUGGAGGUUCACAGAAUCAUGAGGGAAUAAGCAGGAAAUCCGGAAUCCUCCAACCAGAAUUUCUGGAAAUGUCCUGGAAUUUUGCAACCCUACCUGUAACCCUAUUGGAGGGAUGCGACACCAUUCUUCCACAAGAAAUUACAUCAUUUGGUGUUUUGUUGAUGGUGGUGGCAAAUUCUGUCUCAGGCACCGCUCCAGAAUCUCCCUGUUAGUGUUCAAUUGGGUUGAGAUCUGGUGACUGAGACGGCCAUGACAUAUGGUUUACAUCGUUUUCAUGCUCAUCAAAACAUUUUAAUGACCCCUUGUUCCCUGUGGAUUAGGGCGUUGUCAUCCUAUGGGGCAUAGCCAUGGUAGCCAAAAUAAUGGCUAUUUUAUUUUGCCUGCCCAGCAUUUUUAUACAUGAUGGGAUGUUAAUUGCUUAAUUAACUCAGGAACCACAUCUAUGUGGAAGCACCUGCUUUCAAUAUACUCUGUAUCCCUAAUUUACUCAAGUGUUUACAUUAUUUAGUAAGUUACAUUUACAUUUUAGUCAUUUAGCAGACGCUCUUAUCCAGAGCGACAUACAGUUAGUGAGUGCAUACAUUUUCAAACUGGCCCCCCGUGGGAAUUGAAUCCACAACCCUGGCGUUGCAAGCGCCAUGCUCUACCAACUGAGCUACACGGGGGCAGGGGACAUGUUACCUGUGCAUUCUUGAUUACAAAGAACUAUGAAUAGCAAAAUGUGUUUAUGUAUGAAUGUUCUUUGCCACAAUUGCACUAAAGAGCAGUUGACACAAGGCAUUCAACACAUGUCUUCACAGAUGGGUUAAGGAAGCACACAUCAUCACAUUUGAUUAGCUCAAUACUUUACACUUGCUUUCUUUCUGAACCAUACGAACAUAUGAAUUCACUAUGCAAAGAAAAUCCUUGAAAGCAGUGCUGGGAACUUCAAUUUUCACUUCAGUGGCCUCAACUUUUCGAAAAUUGGAAAGGAGUAGUUUGAGUACAUUCAAGAUUUAACCUUGACUAGUUGAGUGAAUACAAAACUUGGAAGUUUGGCAGUGCACGAUUCAAUAAUGGAGUCACACAAUAAUUGAAAUGGAGAAUGCCCCUCAAGGCUGAUGUUAUUUAAGCACGAGUAGUCUGGAUGACAGUUGCCCAAGAUCCAUCAUUGGCAUGGACAGGAGAGCUCCUAGCGCGCCCUUAGUCAUUAGCACACCAUUCAAAUCAAAUGUUAUUUGUCACAUGCUUCGUAAACAACAGGUGUAGACCAACAGUGAAAUGCUUACUUACGGGUGCUUUUCCAACAAUGCAGAGAUAAAUAUGUUUGUUUUAUAGAAAUAGUGACAUGAGGAAUAAAUACAGAGUGAAUAGUAAUAAGUAAAAUAUAACAUGGCUAUAUACAUGGAGUACCUGGACCGAGUCGAUGUGCAGGGGAACGAGGUAAUUGAGGUAGCUAUGUACAUAUACAGUGGGGAGAACAAGUAUUUGAUACACUGCCGAUUUUGCAGGUUUUCCUACUUACAAAGCAUGUAGUGGUCUGUAAUUUUUAUCAUAGGUACACUUCAACUGUGAGAGACGGAAUCUAAAACAAAAAUCCAGAAAAUCACAUUGUAUGAUUUUUAAGUAAUUCAUUUGCAUUUUAUUGCAUGACAUAAGUAUUUGAUCACCUACCAACCAGUAAGAAUUCCGGCUCUCACAGACCUGUUAGUUUUUCUUUAAGAAGCCCUCCCGUUCUCCACUCAUUACCUGUAUUAACUGCACCUGUUUGAACUCGUUACCUGUAUAAAAGACACCUGUCCACACACUCAAUCAAACAGACUCCAACCUCUCCACAAUGGCCAAGACCAGAGAGCUGUGUAAGGACAUCAGGGAUAAAAUUGUAGACCUGCACAAGGCUGGGAUGGGCUACAGGACAAUAGGCAAGCAGCUUGGUGAGAAGGCAACAACUGUUUACGCAAUUAUUAGAAAAUGGAAGAAGUUCAAGAUGACGGUCAAUCACCCUCGGUCUGGGGCUCCAUGCAAGAUCGCACCUCGUGGGGCAUCAAUGGUCAUGAGGAAGGUGAGGGAUCAGCCCAGAACUACACGGCAGGACCUGGUCAAUGACCUGAAGAGAGCUGGGACCACAGUCUCAAAGAAAACCAUUAGUAACACACUACGCCGUCAUGGAUUAAAAUCCUGCAGCGCACGCAAGGUCCCCCUGCUCAAGCCAGCGCAUGUCCAGGCCCGUCUGAAGUUUGCCAAUGACCAUCUGGAUGAUCCAGAGGAGGAAUGGGAGAAGGUCGUGUGGUCUGAUGAGACAAAAAUAGAGCUUUUUGGUCUAAACUCCACUCGCCGUGUUUGGAGGAAAAAGAAGGAUGAGUACAACCCCAAGAACACCAUCCCAACCGUGAAGCAUGGAGGUGGAAACAUCAUUCUUUGGGGAUGCUUUUCUGCAAAGGGGACAGGACGACUGCACCGUAUUGAGGGGAGGAUGGAUGGGGCCAUGUAUCGCGAGAUCUUGGCCAACAACCUCCUUCCCUCAGUAAUAGCAUUGAAGAUGGGUCGUGGCUGGGUAUUCCAGCAUGACAACGACCCGAAACACACAGCCAGGGCAACUAAGGAGUGGCUCCGUAAGAAGCAUCUCAAGGUCCUGGAGUGGCCUAGCCAGUCUCCAGACCUGAACCCAAUAGAAAAUCUUUGGAGGGAGCUGAAAGUCCGUAUUGCCCAGCGACAGCCCCGAAACCUGAAGGAUCUGGAGAAGGUCUGUAUGGAGGAGUGGGCCAAAAUCCCUGCUGCAGUGUGUGCAAACCUGGUCAAGACCUACAGGAAACGUAUGAUCUUUGUAAUUGCAAACAAAGGUUUCUGUACCAAAUAUUAAGUUCUGCUUUUCUGAUGUAUCAAAUACUUAUGUCAUGCAAUAAAAUGCAAAUGAAUUACUUAAAAAUCAUACAAUGUGAUUUUUCUGGAUUUUUGUUUUAGAUUCCGUCUCUCACAGUUGAAGUGUACCUAUGAUAAGAAUUACAGACCUCUACAUGCUUUGUAAGUAGGAAAACCUGCAAAAUCGGCAGUGUAUCAAAUACUUGUUCUCCCCACUGUAGGUAGGGGUAAAGUGACUAGGCAACAGGAUAGAUAAUAUACAGUAGCAGGUGUGUGGUGUAUGUGUGUGUAGAGUCCAGCGUGUGUGCAUAGUCAGUGCCAGAGAGUUAAUGCAAAAAAGGGUCAAUGCAGGUAGCCCGGGUAGCCAUUUGAUGAGCUAUUUAGCAGUCUUAUUUAGUAGUCUUAUGGCUUGGGGGUAGAAGCUGUUCAGGGUCCUGUUGGUGCCAGACUUGGUGCACUGGUACCGCUUGCCGUGCGUUAGCAGAUAGAACAGUCCGUGGCUUGGGUGGCUGGAGUCUUUGACCAUUUUUAGGGCCUUCCUCUGACACCGCCUGGUUUAGCGGUUAUGGAUGGCAAAGAGCUCAGCCCAAGUGAUGUAUGCACUACCCUCUGUAGCGCCUUGCGGUCAGAUGUCAAGAAGUUGCCAUACCAAGCGGUGAUGCAGCCAGUCAAGAUGCUCUCAAUGGUUCAGCAGUAUAACUUUUUGAGGAUCUGAGGGCCCAUGCCAAACAUUUUCAGCCUCCUGAGGGGGAAGAGGCGUUGUUGUGCCUUCUUCACGAGUGUGUUGGUGUGUGUGGACCAUGUUAGCUCCUUGAAAGCGGUCGCUCUAGCCUUUAGCUCAGUGCGUGUGAUCCAUGGCUUAUAAUAAUAAUAAUAUAAUAUGCCAUUUAGCAGACGCUUUUAUCCAAAGCGACUUACAGUCAUACGUGCAUACAUUUUUUGUGUAUGGGUGGUCCCGGGGAUCGAACCCACUACCUUGGCGUUACAAGCGCCGUGCUCUACCAGCUGAGCUACAGAGGACCAUGUACGGUCACUGUGGGGAUGACAUUGUCGAUGCACUUAUUAAUGAAGCCGGUGACUGAUAUGGUAAACUCCUCAAUGUUAUCGGAUGAAUCCCGGAACAUAUUCCAGUCUGUGCUAGCAAAACAGUUCUGUAGCUUAGCAUCCACUUCAUUGGACCACUUUCAUAUUGAGUGCGUCACUGGUACUUCCUGUUUUGAGUUUUUGCUUGUAAGCAGGAAUCAGGAGGAUAGAGUUAUGGUCUGAUUUCCCAAAGGGAGGGCGAGGGAGAGCCUUGUAUGCAUUUCUGUGUGUAGAGUAAAGGUGAUCAUGCUGGUAAAAAUGAGGUAAAACGGAUUUCAUUUUCUCUGCAUUAAAAUCACCGGCCACAGAAACGUGUGCAUUUUCUUGUUUGCUUAUGGCCCUAUACAGCUGGUUGAGUGCAGAUUAUUUACCCUCUUGGUAAAUCGUAUGGUGUGCAGCUUAUCAUAUAGUAUUCUCAGGCGAGCAAAAACCUGAGACUUCCUUAACGUUAGAGGAUGCGCACCAGCUGUUGUUAACACCCCUCCUCUCUUACCCGAGUCUGCCGUCUGGUCUUGACGAUGCAUAGAAAAACCAGCGAGAUGUACAGUGCCAGAAAGUGUUCACACCCCUUGACUUUUUCCACAUUUUGUUGUGUUACAGCCUGAAUUUAAAAUGGAUUAAAUUGAAAAUGUGUAUCACUGGCCUACACACAAUACCCCAAAAUGUCAAAGUGGAAUUAUGUUUUUCGAAAGCUUUACAAAUGAAUUAAAAAUGAAAAGCUGAAAUGUCUUGAGUCAAUUAGUAUUCAACCCCUUUGUUAUGGCAAGCCUAAAUACGUUCAGGAGUAAACAUUUGCUUAAUAAGUCACAUAAUAAGUUGCAUGGACUCGCUCUAUGUGCAAUAAUAGAGUUUAACAUGAUUUUUAAAUGACUACCUCAUCUCUGUACCGCACAUAUACAAUUAUCUGUAAGGACCCUCAGUCGAGCAGUGAAUUUCAAACACAGAGCACCACUCUCCAUAUUUUCAAGCAUAGUGGUGGCUGCAUCAUGUUAAACCUCCCGAGUGGCGCAGUGGUCUAAGGCACUGCAUCGCAGUGCUUGCUGUGCCACUAGAGAUCCUGGUUCGAAUCCAGUCUCUGCUGUAGCCGGCUGCAACCGGGAGACCAAUGGGGCGGCGCACAAGUCGUCCAGGGUAGGGGAGGGAAUGGCCGGCAGGGAGGUAGCUCAGUUGGUAGAGCAUGGCGUUUGCAACGCCAGGGUUGUGGGUUCGAUUCCCACGGGGGGCCAGUAUGAAAAAAAAAAAAAUGAAUAAUGUAUGCACUAACUGUAAGUCGCUCUGGAUAAGAGCGUCUGCUAAAUAAUGUAAAAAAAAUACAAAAAAAAACAAUGUUAUGGGUAUGCUUGCAAUCAAUAAGGACUGGGGAGUUUAAGGACACAAAAACGGAAUGGAGUUAAGCACAGGCAAAAUUCUAGAGGAAAACUUGGUUCAGUCUGCUUUCCACCAUACACUGGGAGAUGAAUUUACCUUUCAGCAGGACAAUAACCUAAAACACAAGGCCAAAUUAACUUUGGAGUUGCUUACCAAGAAGACAGUGAAUGUUCCUGAGUGGCCGAGUUACAGUUUUGACUUAAAUCUACUUGAAAAUCUAUGGCAAGACCCUGAAAGUUGUUAUUUAGCAAUGAUCAUCACCCAAUUUGACAGAACUUGAAGAAUUGAACGAAUAAUGGGCAAAUGUUGCACAAUUCAGGUGUGGAAAGCUCUUAGAGACUUACCCAGAAAGACUCGCAGCUGUAAUCGCUGCCAAAGGUGCUUCUGCAAAUUAUUGACUCAGGGGUAUGAAUACUAAUGUAAGUAUUGCCUGCCUUUCUUUUGUCGUUUCCUCUUUCGAGUUCUGGGGAUAUGGGGCAUUUUCAUCCAAAUCGAGGUUAUUUAUCGCUGUUCUGAUGUCCAGAAGCUGUUUUCGGUCAUAGGAAAUGAUGGUAGAGACAUUAUGUACAAACAAAGUUAAGAUCAGCGUAAAAGAACACACAAAAUAUCAGAAUUCCUGCUGGGGAACACUGGUUGGCACCAUGAGUCUCCGUCAGUGCCUUUCUGAGGAGAGAGCAGGCAGUUCAUCUAUGUUUCCAUGUAGCUCUGUGAGCAGGCCAGCCUGUGUCUCCUCAGGACUACGGAAGCCUCUUCCUCUGAGCAACGCUCUCUGGCUGCUUCUGCCUUACGUAUGGCCAUGCGGCAUUGAUAUGGUUAUCUGUUGAAGUACAGCAUCGACAGAGGACUUGGCCGUGGGUCUUAAUCUCUUCUCGGCCCUCUGGCCUUCCUGGCUCUACUGUCCCUGCAGUGUAGUGUUGUCUCCAACACAAGCCAGGAUUUAGAACAAGAAUUAGAGUUGUUCUGUCCUCCUCCAGAUCUCUGCUAUGAGCUAGCCUUAGUGGUACACCGGUUUACAGUGUGUCAUUAAGAUUAGCUGUAUUUCAUACAUUUGGGCAAUGGUUUGCUUAUGGAGGCUCAGAUCUUAGUCAGUGGUGCUUUUAGGGGAGACCUGGGUUGAUUUAGCAAUGAGCUAUUUUUCAUGCCAAGGGGAGGGAGCCAGUGUAAUUCCAGCUCCAUAGUGCGUUUCCUUGCAUUUCCUGAGGCGCUAUUAGCUUCCUGGGUCCCAGUCAGACCCCACACCAGGAUUUCCAUGGGUGCAUGAACCUUAAAUUAGCUUGGAUUGGAAAAUGAGCCAGCCGCUGAAAGAGGUAGGGUACAGUAGCCCUUAAUGUCUUCGCCACAACUAAGCCCCUGUUGCUAAGAUAAUAAAAAAAAAAAAAAAGGUAUUACUGGCUUUUUUCUUCCUCAAACUUUUCAUAUCUUUUCAGCCAUUUCCUUGUCUGAACUCAGCUUUUUCUGAACAGAAUGUAGCAACCUCAACUCCAACAAAAUAUGUUUAAAUGAAGGGCUUGUGUUUAAAUGAAUGGUUUUUAGACCUUGUGAUGUUCAACUCUGGCUCCAAAACAUUUAAACACUGCUGCUACUGACUGGAAUAAAUUCCAACAGGAUUUAAAACUCAACCAAUUAAUCUCCAUCCCUAGUUUCAUUAACAGUUUACAUGACCUGGUUAUCCACCCCAUGACUGCUUUUAGAGUCAGUUGCUAUUAGUUGUUUCCCCUGUUUUUUAACGCUAUGUGUUGCAAAUAUGUAUUUUUGCUUUUUCUGUUAUUGCAUGGAAUUUUUAAGAGAUGUCUAAAGUCGUCACCGGUCUGCUUUUCUGUACGGUUAUUGGUCAGGCCGUUAUUGUCAUCACCUAAUUUGCAUAUUUGGCAAUGUGCAUAUAAUUGUGAUGAACGCUGUAGGAGAGAGGAAUAACGUUGUGGGAGAGACAAAAAGUGAGUAAAAAACCCUACAUUUACAUCUCGCCCUGAAUGUAAGCCAGGGCGGGAUCAGCCAGCGACGGCUUCCCGCAAGCGCGAUUCAUUUGCAGUCUGGACGCGGAGGGGUGAACAUCUCCUGCUCUGACUGCAGCUGGGAGGGACUGCUGCGUGAGGACUGGGCCACUUUGGGGUGGGGCCCACGGCAGCACCCGCUGCUCAUUGAGAAGAGUAAGAACGAUACGUGCUUUCACGUCAGAGUCUCCAAAAGUCUCCAAUAACAACAGAAAAAGUUGCUAGAUUUGUCGCUAGUCGCGUUUUUGAAAAUGUGUCGCUAGAGGGGUCUGAAUACUCGCUAAAUUUAGCGACAAAGUCGCUAAGUUGGCAACACUGGCUCCUCAUCUGAGAAGAUAAAAAGAGAACACAGCAAUAUGUGACCCACCGCCUCGAUUCGGUCCUAUGUUGCAAAAUUAGAUUUUUUUAUUUAUUUUUUACAUUGGAUAAAAGUAGAGACUCAGAGCUACAAAAUGGUAUAUCAUACACUGCAGUUAAGGACCAAUGCGGAAAGUAAUUCUGCUUUGAAAGUUGAUAAACUUGUAACCCCACUUUUAAGAAAAUGGCCCUUCAAUGUUUUGGUCGACCUACUGGAGAGCUCUUCUUUGUCUACACAUAUUCAACAUUGUUCACACCCUCUUAACAACCAAAGAUUUCAAGACUAAUAGUGGUGAAAGUAGCAGCCUACAAUAAGGAAGGCUCCAGGCAAAAAUACACUUUAUCUAAUCCUUGGCCUAUAUCCUAAUCCUUGGCCUAUAUCCUAAUCCUUGGUCUAUAUCUUAAUCCUUGGCCUGUAUCCUAAUCCUUGGCCUAUAUCCUAAUCUUGGCCUAUAUCCUAAUCUUGGCCUAUAUCCUAAUCCUUGGCCUGUAUCCUAAUCCUUGGCCUGUAUCCUAAUCCUUGGCCUAUAUCCUAAUCUUGGCCUAUAUCCUAAUCUUGGCCUAUAUCCUAAUCUUGGCCUAUAUCCUAAUCUUGGCCUAUAUCCUAAUCUUGGCCUAUAUCCUAAUCUGACUUGUGUCCAGAUAAAAAUAUUAUAUAAAUAUUUGUAUAAUUUUUAGAUGAUGCUUACCCAGACACUUGUCUAAAUUGAUGGGUCGUGUGAAAUAAAAGCUAUAACCACCCCCUAGCCACAUCUAGCUAAGUGGAUGGGUCACUAUCGUCUAGACAUGUACACAUGUUCAUGAAAUACAAUAGAUGGCCGUAAUCAUGUACUCAUUUUCUUGCGAAGUGGAGUCUUUUGUUUAGACAUGUAGCUAGCUAGCUAAUUAAUGAAUCAUAAUCCCAACCCAUAGCUACAGUACAAACAAAUUGGCAUAGCUAGCCACCAUCCAUGGAAUGCUGGAGUAUGAAUCUGCAGGUCCCCCUGCUCAAGAAAGCACAGAGACAGGGCCGUCUGAAGUUUGCCAAUGAACAUCUGAAUGAUUCAGAGGAGAACUGGGUGAAAGUGUUCGAGCUCUUUGGCAUCAACUCAACUCGCCGUGUUUGGAGGAGGAGGAAUGCUGCCUAUGGUUUUGCCACCAAGUACUAAGUCAUGUUUUGCAGAGGGGUCAAAUACUUAUUUCCCUCAUUAAAAUGCAAAUCAAUUUAUAACAUUUUUGACAUGCAUUUUUCUGGAUUUUGUUGUUGUUAUUCUGUCUCUCACUGUUCUAAUAAACCUACCAUAAAAAUUAUAGACUGAUCAUGUCUUUGUCAGUGGGCAAACGUACAAAAUCAGCAGGGGAUCAAAUACUUUUUUUCCCUCACUGUAGCUAGACUCUUACCUGUAUACAUGGAUGAAUGUGUCUCUUCCAUUUGGUUUGUUGCUAGCCACAGCUUGUUUGGCCCAUUGUUGUGUCAAGUCACUCCAGUCAACGUUUGCAUAAAGUAACGUUAGUCCAUCACAACUUUUUCCCACUUUGUCAAUAACGCCUGCUAAAUUCUGGGCAGCAAUGUUGUUGAGAGCAUUAGCAACACUUUUCCAGUUCUUUAUGGCUAACGUUAUAUCUACUACACAUACUGAGCAGCUCAUGUGAAAGACAGAACUCCUCUCUCGGCAUGUUCAGCCCAUCCAUUAUCUCAGCCAAUCAUGGCUAGUGGGAAGGUUCCUGUCUUUUUCCGUGGCUAAACCAACUAGGCUCGUAAUUUUAACAAUUGUAUUCAUAUUUACAGAUGGCAUACAAGUUUGUUAUUAAGGCACAUCAAAGUUCACAUGUUCCAGAAGGCAUUUCUGCCAAAAGACGCAUUUUGAUAAAAAAUGUAAUACGUUCAAAUGCCUCUCCUGUGAUGUAGUGACGUGCGACAUAGGCCCAGCUUCCUGAAACAAGUCACAUAUGACAGUGAUGGUGGGAGCUGCUUCCUCAUCUGAGAAGAUAAGGGAACACAGCAAUAUGACAGUGACGGUGGGAGCUGCUUCCUCAUCUGAGAAGAUAAGGGAACACAGCAAUAUGACAGUGAUGGUGGGAGCUGCUUCCUCAUCUGAGAAGAUAAGAGAACACAGCAAUAUGACAGUGACGGUGGGAGUGGAACCCCGAUACAGUGAUGGAGGACUCUGAGAUCUCCAUGGGGCUGGAGAGUACACUUAAGGAAACAUACUCGAAGAGCAAUCUCAUUAAUAAAAGAGUCCGAGACAGCUGCUCAACAAUCAGGCGACGAGCAGGAGAAGAGACUCUGGCAUGACCCUAAUGGGCAUCCAUAAGGCUGGAAGUCCAUCCCACAGACUCUGAUCUGACUGAAAAGCAAUGUGCCAACACGCUCUAUGCAAAGUGACUGAGGAUCAGAGAGCAUGUUAAACGCAGCAACGAGGACAUGAUGGGGAUGAUCAAUGUCACUGUGUGGACAUGGACGAGAGAGAUCAGACUCUGUACAGCUGAUGGAUAUCAAAGAUGUGCCAUGAUCACGGUUUGAUAAGAACGUUUUUGCUCUAUUUACCUAGGAAAUUCAGAUAAAUGUAUUUCUCUUUUGACAUUGAUUAGAACCAGGCAUACCAAGUCUGAAUCCCGCUGGAUGUUCAGGCAUAAGUGAAACCCAUACGUAAUUUAUGCCUCCAAACUUCUCUCCCCUUCUGCGCCUUGUCUUUUUCUCUACUCAAAUCAGGGAAAAAUGCAGUGAAGCAAGAAAGGAACUCUGGGACAGAAAAUGAAAAGAAACAUAUUCAAUUUCAUUACAGUUAUGAGCUUUCAUUAAGGUCUGUUCUCCUGUGUACCUGAGAAUGGAAGUCGUUUCAGAGAAAGCGGCUGGGAGUCCUCCAUUUCAGCUCAGUGGGGACUUUUCUUUGGAACAAAAUCUCUGGCAUUAUUACUUAUAUUAACAACCCAGACUUGCCUACGGCUCUCCAGAAUUUAGAUUUGCGCUAUAAGGCUCAGGUUGUUCUUUGUAUCACUCUGAGAAUAAAUUGAUUUUGUCACAGGAAAUACUGGGUGGCUUUUUCAAUCAAUGCUACUCAGUUCAGCCAGCAUUACUUAUAGAAAAAAAAAUAUUAUUGGGGGGGGGGGGAGAAAGCUCCAACACAAAUGUCUUUCAUCAUGUUUGCCACUGGACACGGCCCGUAUCAUGUGCAGGUAGAUCUGACAGACCUGGUCACCUCAGCUAACCCACUCAUGUUAUCGCUCUUUCAGACCACAAACACUCUUCUUGUCCUGGUCACCUCAGCUAACCCACUCAUGUUAUCGCUCUUUCAGACCACAAACACUCUGCCUGUCCUGGACAUGCAGCUAAUUUGCAUAUGCAUAAGGCCAUCAAUCAGGACGUUUGAGAGGCCUGAAAGGAGACGAAUGAAGUGAUGUCGGUCUUGAAUUGCUACGCCGUACCUGCUGGCAUGCGAACAAUGCUGUGUUGCCAUAGAAACAGUUCUCUCUACAAAUGACCUUGCCUCCUCCUCUCUUCUAUUUCAGCACCUCGUUGAAAGGGGCUGUUGGCUCGCAGGGCCUGAGUGUUUGUUGAUAUGUAAAUUGUGUGGACCAACACUGGGACUGAGGGAGAUUCUGGGCCGUGACUAAAAUGUGUUUUUUCAGGGAAAUGACCUUGUCUUUCUCCCUCAUUUAAUAAAUGGAAGCUUGGUGUCAAACAUCUGGUCUGUAUCAUCAGUUUUGCACGCCUGUGUUUGCUAUUCUGGUUAAAAGAGCUCAGUUGUUUUCAAUUGAGAAAUAGAGUGAAAAGGCUUUUGUGAUAUCACCAUUAUCAUUCUAAUGUUAUAGUUUUUUUCCCCCCCACAUAUUAGUGUGUGUGAAUAAGAACGCAGAGGUUUUUACAAAUUACAACCAUAUUAGAGGAACAUCCAGUUCGGUACAGUACAGAGAAUCUUUGACUGAUGGGAGAGUUGUGUAUUUUUGCUUACCCACCCAGCCUACGCGGAGCUGGCCCCCAUCGGCAUCAGCUAUUUCCUGUCAGGUAUGCACUACACAGGUAUGUGCCACAGUCACGCUGGACCAGUAUCCCCUGCACCUGCCCUGGGGACAUAUACAAGUGUGACCCUCCUACUCUACCCCCUCUCUCUCUUACUGUACUUGUUGAGGAACAGUAUAGAGCCCCUCCAGUGUCCCCGUCCCAAAUAACCAAACCAACUCCCCUUACCCCUUCUGUGAGUGGAUCCAGAUACUCCUCUCACAUUUAGUUGUUUUUGUUUUCGAUAAUGUUUACAUUAAUCGUGUUAAUGUUUGUAUCAUGCCAGUGUUAAAUGUUGUAAUAUUAAAUACACGUCUUACCCCAUACUAAUAUCUGAUAUUCACAAUUAUACAGGAUGUCUGGCAAUCUCAGGGAUUUCGAUCUGAGAUUAUGAGCUGUGUACAAUCAUCUCAUAUUUUGCUUGUCUAUACAGUACACGCAGGUCCACAUUGAUCAUGACUACUUUUCCUUUAUGAUUGAUAUAUCCUUAAUUGUACUGUGAUACUACUCCUGAUAUCUUAAAGGCACAGUACAGUACACAACCCAUGUUGUGUCCUUUCUAAAACUGUCCCUUUUAAUGUUGUUCAUCAUUAAUUCACUGCAGUUAUCUAAUGAGCUCUUUUUUAUUACUUUAAUUCCUACUUUUUAGCUGAUUGCGUUGUUUCAGCGUUGUUUUAAUUUAGUGCAGCAAAAUCAUAUUGGUUGAACCUUCUUCCUGCUUAUCCUGAAGCUGAAACCAUUGCUGUUGUUCUUCUAAUUUCAGGUCAUUUGUUUUUAGCACUAUUGUCCACUCUACACAUUUUAUUCACUUAGCAGACACUCUUAUCCAGAGCGACUUACAGGAGGGUUAAGUGCCUUGCUCAAGGGCAUAUUGACAAACUUUUCCCCUUCGUUACUGGCCCAAUUCUCUUAACCGCUAGGCUACCAGCCACCCUGCACAACUAGUUUGGAUUACCCAUAGGUCUUCCUCGGACUGGCUGUCUCAACACAUAGUUAAAGUAUCUUUAUUAAGGGAUUGUUGCAGCUAUUAUUUCUGUAUCCAUUACUCAGAACCGCCACCUUCUCCCGUCUGCCACCAACACACACACCUGGUGGUUGCUCCUGUGUGUUUGUGAUUUGUUGUUUAGAGCAGAGUCGUAUUCCAUGUUAUUGCUGAUGCAGUCCUCUUGCCACGAAGCCACUCCCCCACUAGGGCUGUUACGUUGACCGUAUUACUGCCACACCAGCAGUCAGGAGUUGUCACGGUAACUAGGCUUCUCCAAAACCGCGUUCUGAUUCUGCUGAUGGUCAUUAGUAGCCUGCCAAACUUGCUAAUGGCCAGACGCUAAUGGCCGGUACUCUGCGCUCUAUUGUCUCUCUAAUCAUUCUGACGUCAAUGCAAAUGCGAUUUAAAAAUCAAAUCUAACACUUCAUAAGAGCCUUGGCAUUCAGAGUUUGAGCAGAAUAGGAACAGUCUAUGACUAGGGUGGCUGGAGUCUUUGACAAUUUUGAGGGCCUUCCUCUGACACCGCCUGGUAUAGAGGUCCUGGAUGGCAGGAAGCUUGGCCCCAGUGAUGUACUGGGCCGUACGCACUACCCUCUGUAGUGCCUUGCGGUCGGAGGCCAAGCAGUUGCCAUACCAGGCGGUGAUGCAACCAGUCAGGAUGCUCUCGAUGGUGCAGCUGUAGAAUUUUUUGAGGAUCUGAGGUCCCAUGCCAAAUUUUUUCAGUCUCCUGAGGGGGAAUAGGCUUUGUCGUGCCCUCUUCACGACUGUCUUGGUGUGUUUGGACCAUGAUAGUUCGUUGGUGAUGUGGACACCAAGGAACUUGAAGCUCUCAACCUGUUCCACUACAGCCCCGUCGAUGAGAAUGGGAGCGUGCUCAAUCCUCUUUUUUUUUCCUGUAGUCCACAAUCAUCUCCUUUGUCUUGGUCACGUUGAGGGAGAGGUUGUUAUCCUGGCACCACACAGCCAGGUCUCUGACCUCCUCCCUAUAGGCUGUCUCAUCGUUGUCAGUGAUCAGGCCUAUCACUGUGGUGUCGUCAGCAAACUUAAUGAUGGUGUUGGAGUCGUGCCUGGCCAUGCAGUCAUGGGUGAACAGGGAGUACAGGAGAGAACUGAGGACGCACCCCUGAGGGGCCCCCGUGUUGAGGAUCAGCAUGGCAGAUGUGUUGUUACCUACCCUUACCACCUGCGGGCGGCCCGUCAGGAAGUCCAGGAUCCAGUUGCAGAGGGAGGUGUUUAGUCCCAGGAUCCUUAGCUUAGUGAUGAGCUUUGAGGGCACUAUGGUGUUGAAUGCUGAUCUGUAGUCAAUGAAUAGCAUCCUCACGUAGGUGUUCCUCUUGUCCAGGUGGGAAAGGGCAGUGUGGAGUGCAAUAGAGAUUGCAUCAUCUGUGGAUCUGUUGGGGCGAUAUGCAAAUUGAGUGGGUCUAGGGUUUCUGGGAUAAUGGUGUUGAUGUGAGCCAUGACCAGCCUUUCAAAGCACUUCAUGGCUACAGACGUCAGUGCUACGGGUCGGUAGUCAUUUAGGCAGGUUAUCUUAGUGUCCUUGGGCACGGGGACUAUGGUAGUCUGCUUGAAACAUGUUGGUAUUACAGACUCAGUCAGGGACAUGUUGAAAAUGUCAGUGAAGACACUUGCCAGUUGGUCAGCACAUGCUCGGAGUACACGUCCUGGUAAUCCGUCUGGCCCUGCGGCCUUGUGAAUGUUGACCUGCUUAAAAGUCUUACUCACAUCGGCUACGGAGAGCGUGAUCACAUAGUGAUCCGGAACUGCUGGUGCUCUCAUGCAUGCUUCAGUGUUGCUUGCCUCGAAGGGCUCGUCAAAUUGUGAAUGAGAGACUGAUGAAGUGUGUGCAGCCUGCGCAAGAAACAGAGCAGAGCGCUUCCUUUUCAUGCAACUUUUUUCUAAUCAUAAUUCGUUGCAUCAUGCAGCAUUAGAAUGUAUUCUAAAUUAAAACAUACAGCCCAAUGUUUGUAUCCCAACUGAAGUUGCAUAAAUAACUCUAAAUUAAGCAUAUACAGUGAGGGGAAAAAAAUAUUUGAUCCCCUGCUGAUUUUGUACAUUUGCCCACCGACAAAGAAAUGAUCAGUCUAUAAUUUUAAUGGUAGGUUUAUUUGAACAGUGAGAGACAGAAUAACAACAACAAAAUCCAGAAAAACGCAUGUCAAAAAUGUUAUAAAUUGAUUUGCAUUUUAAUGAGGGAAAUAAGUAUUUGACCCCCUCUCAAUCAGAAAGAUUUCUGGCUCCCAGGUGUCUUUUAUACAGGUAACGAGCUGAGAUUAGGAGCACACUCUUAAAGGGAGUGCUCCUAAUCUCAGUUUGUUACCUGUAUAAAAGACACCUGUCCACAGAAGCAAUCAAUCAAUCAGAUUCCAAACUCUCCACCAUGGCCAAGACCAAAGAGCUCUCCAAGGAUGUCAGGGACAAGAUUGUGGACCUACACAAGGCUGGAAUGGGCUACAAGACCAUCGCCAAGCAGCUUGGUGAGAAUGUGACAACAGUUGGUGCGAUUAUUCGCAAAUGGAAGAAACACAAAAGAACUGUCAAUCUCCCUCGGCCUGGGGCACCAUGCAAGAUCUCACCUCGUGGAGUUGCAAUGAUCAUGAGAACGGUGAGGAAUCAGCCCAGAACUACACGGGAGGAUCUUGUCAAUGGACUGAAAUCCUGCAGCGCCCGCAAGGUCCCCCUGCUCAAGAAAGCACAUAUACAGGGCCGUCUGAAGAUUGCCAAUGAACAUCUGAAUGAUUCAGAAUAGAACUGGGUGAAAGUGUUGUGGUCAGAUGAGACCAAAAUCAAGCUCUUUGGCAUCAACUCAACUCGCCGUGUUUAGAGGAGGAGGAAUGCUGCCUGUGACCCCAAGAACACCAUCCCCACCGUCAAACAUGGAGGUGGAAACAUUAUGCUUUGGGGGUGUUUUUCUGCUAAGGGGACAGGACAACUUCACCGCAUCAAAGGGACGAUGGACGGGGCCAUGUAACGUCAAAUCUUGGGUGAGAACCUCCUUCCCUCAGCCAGGGCAUUGAAAAUGAGUCGUGGAUGGGUAUUCCAGCAUGACAAUGACCCAAAACACACGGCCAAGGCAACAAAGGAGUGACUCUAGAAGAGGCACAUUAAGGUCCUGGAGUGUCUUAGCCAGUCUCCAGACCUUAAUCCCAUAGAAAAUCUGUGGAGGGAGCUGAAGGUUCGAGUUGCCACAUGUCAGCCUCGAAACCUUAAUGACUUGGAGAAGAUCUGCAAAGAGGAGUGGAACAAAAUCCCUCCUGAGAUGUGUGCAAACCUGGUGGCCAACUACAAGAAACGUCUGACCUCUGUGAUUGCCAACAAGGGUUUUGCCACCAAGUACUAAGUCAUGUUUUGCAGAGGGGUCAAAUACUUAUUUCCCUCAUUAAAAUGCAAAUCAAUUUAUAACAUUUUUGACAUGCGUUUUUUUCGGGAUUAUUUUGUUGUUUAUCUGAAUCUCACUGUUCAAAUAAACCUACCAUUAAAAUUAUAGACUGAUCUUCUUUUUUUUUUUUAGAUCAGCUUAAUAUUGCAGAUAGAUUGUAACUUCCAUCAAUGUAAUUGUCUGCAUCUCUUCCAUUCCCCCAUGUUUUUUUAUAUAUAUCCUCCCCUUUAUUACUUUUCAACCACGCCAUCCUUUCCCUACUUGGGGUAAAUUAUAGACUGAUCAUUUCUUUGUCAGUGGGCAAACGUACAAAAUCAGCAGGGGAUGAAAUUAUUUUUUCCCUCACUGUAGGAGGACCUGUUUCUUUGUUAAACGCUCAACACAGAAUAGCCGUAUGUGCGCACUCCCUCAAAUCGUUUGGGGAAAAAUAUUAUACUUUUUUAAAUGCAGGUUUUCCUACUUACAAAGCAUGUAGAGGUCUGUAAUUUUUAUCAUAGGUACACUUCAACUGUGAGAGACGGAAUCUAAAACAAAAAUCCAGAAAAUCACAUUGUAUGAUUUUUAAGUUAUUCAUUUGCAUUUUAUUGCAUGACAUAAGUAUUUGAUACACCAGAAAAGCAGAACUUAAUAUUUGGUACAGAAACCUUUGUUUGCAAUUACAGAGAUCAUAUGUUUCCUGUAGGUCUUGACCAGGUUUGCACACACUGCAGCAGGGAUUUUAGCCCACUCCUCCAUAAAGACCUUCUCCAGAUCCUUCAGGUUUCGGGACUGUCGCUGGGCAAUACAGACUUUUAGCUCCCUCCAAAGAUGUUCUAUUGGGUUCAGGUCUGGAUACUGGCUAGGCCACUCCAGGACCUUGAGAUGCUUCUUACGGAGCCACUCCUUAGUUGCCCUGGCUGUGUGUUUCGGGUCGUUGUCAUGCUGGAAGACCCAGCCACGACCCAUCUUCAAUGCUCUAACUGAGGGAAGGAGGUUGUUGGCCAAGAUCUCGCGAUACAUGGUCCCAUCCAUCCUCCCCUCAAUACGGUGCAGUCGUCCUGUCCCCUUUGCAGAAAAGCAUCCCCAAAGAAUUAUGUUUUCAUCUCCAUGCUUCAUGGUUGGGAUGGUGUUCUUGGGGUUGUACUCAUCCUUCUUCUUCCUCCAAACACGGCGAGUGGAGUUUAGACCAAAAAGCUCUAUUUUUGUCUCAUCAGACCACAUGACCUUCUCCCAUUCCUCCUCUGGAUCAUCCAGAUGGUCAUUGGCAAACUUCAGACGGGCCUGGACAUGCGCUGGCUUGAGCAGGGGGACCUUGCGUGCGCUGCAGGAUUUUAAUCCAUGACGGCGUAGUGUGUUCCUAAUGGUUUUCUUUGAGACUGUGGUCCCAGCUCUCUUCAGGUCAUUGACCAGGUCCUGCCGUGUAGUUCUGGGCUGAUCCCUCACCUUCCUCAUGAUCAUUGAUGCCCCACGAGGUGAGAUCUUGCGUGGAGCCCCAGACCGAGGGUGAUUGACCGUCAUCUUGAACUUCUUCCAUUUUCUAAUAAUUACGCCAACAGUUGUUGCCUUCUCACCAAGCUGCUUGCCUAUUGUCUUGUAGCCCAUCCCAGCCUUGUGCAGGUCUACAAUUGUAUCCCUGAUGUCCUUACACAGCUCUCUGGUCUUGGCCAUUGUGGAGAGGUUGGAGUCUGUUUGAUUGAGUGUGUGGACAGGUGUCUUUUAUACAGGUAACGAGUUCAAACAGGUGCAGUUAAUACAGAUAAUGAGUGGAGCACAGGAGGGCUUCUUAAAGAAAAACUAACAGGUCUGUGAGAGCCGGAAUUCUUACUCGUUGGUAGGUGAUCAAAUACUUAUGUCAUGCAAUAAAAUGCAAAUUAAUUACUUAAAUAUCAUACAAUGUGAUUUUCUGGAUUUCCGUCUCUCACAGUUGAAGUGUACCUAUGAUAAAAAUUACAGACCUCUACAUGCUUUGUAAGUAGGAAAACCUGCAAAAUCGGCAGUGUCAAAUACUUGUUCUCCCCACUGUAUUUGAAUGACAAUCACCAGCUGACAAAAUGUAAUGGCCACCACAGCCCUACCCCCCCACCCCCCUCAAACUUCAUAUAGUACUGUCGCUUUAAAUAUUAUUUAUUUGAAAUCCUCCUCCUUCUCACCACGACGCUGCUUUAUUCACCCUGGUUUUCACUUCCUCCUAUACAAGCCAUGGGGUAUUUUGUCAUAUAUCCUGGACCAUUUGGUAUAUCAUCUCAUAUCUCUCUUCUUGUGACACAUCCACCGGUCAGCCAAAUGUAUCAUAAUGAAAAUUACAUCUCUGGUCCAUUUCCCACCAUUGAUUUCAGUGCUUAUCUUCAGAUCUGCAUAGUUGGUUUUACUCCUGGUUUUAUUCCUGGAGUUUCUUUUAAAAAUAUAUUAUAAUUUUUGUUUUAACUUUUUAAAGCUUUUUCUCCCCAAUUGGUAGUUACAGUCUUGUCCCAUCGCUGCAACUCCCGUACGGACUCGGGAGAGUUGAAGGUCGAGAGCCGUGUGUCCUCCGAAACACAACCCUGCCAAGCCACACUGCUUCCUGACACACUGCUCGCUUAACCCGGAAGCCAGCCGCACCAAUGUGUCGGAGGAAACACCGUCCAGCUGGCGACCGUGUCAGCGUGCAUGCGCCCGGCCCGCCACAGGAGGCUCUAGAGCGCGAUUGGACAAGGACAUCCCGGCCAAACCCUCCCCUAACCCGGACGAAGCUGGGCCAAUUGUGCGCCUCCUCACGGGUCUCCCGGUCACGGCCGGCUGCGAGAUCAAAACCCGAGUCUGUAGUGGCGCCUCAAGCACUGUGAUGCAGUGCCUUAGACCGAUACGCCACUCGGGAGGCCCCUAUUCCUGGAGUUUCUAAAAUAGCACUUUGUAUAUCGUCUGGGGACUGAGCUUGCAUAUGGUGCCCUUUUAUCUGAGAUGCUGUUUUUAAGGAAAUGCAAACAUUAACACACCUAAAUGUCACUUCUCUUUUUAUGCCUGCUCUAGCCUGCCAGUCCCAAGACAUCUCCUAGAGUAAUAUGCCUGUGUUAACUGGGUUGUUGCUGUUCUCAGGGAGCUUCACGCUGGCGGAGCUGGGAGUGAGAGACCAACAAGCCCAGGCCCAGGCCCAGGCCCAGGCCCAGACUGCCUACCACUCCUCUCACUCGGAGCUGGGCCUGCUGCAGCAGGGCUACUCCCUCAGCGCCGGCUCCGAUGCAGACUCCGACCCAGAGGGGGUCAUGUCCCCGGAGCGCACCGUCCAGCUGUGGGGAGGUCACGCGAUCAAGUCCCGCCGCAGCUCCGGCCUCUCCAGCAGGGCGAACUCAGCCCUCACACUCACCGACUCCGACAACGAACACAAGUCUGACGACGAGUCAGGUAGGACAGAGAUGGGAGGAGAGAUUGGGGGAGGGGCAUAA